AUGAAAGCCUUAAACCUAACUCGUGCUAUUCAUCCCGGAGAAAUCCUCAAAGCAGAAUUAUUAACUCCGCGAGGCAUUAGUCAAGCCGAAUUAGCCCGUAGUAUUAAUGUUUCGGUACGCCGAGUUAAUGAUAUUUGCCAAGGUAAACGAAGUAUCACUCCCGACACUGCUUUGCGUUUAGCCCUCUAUUUUAAUUUAGGCAGUCAAGGACCAGUCAAGAAAAAGAAAUUAGAAAACAGGUUCAUUCUUUACCUCGUUCCCGAGGAAAUCCGCUUAGAA